AUGUUCGCAAAAAAGAAGGAAAAAGUCAUUUUUUUGCAGAAAAUUCCACCAAUUUCGAAACUCAUCGAGGUAUCACGAGAGUACAAGAUGCCGCUCUGUCUCACCUUCAUCGACUUAAAGAAGGCUUUCGACUCGGUUGAGACGGAAGCGGUCGUGGAAGCCUUGGACAACCAAGGCGUCCCUACUCAAUAUAUAAAGGUACUUCGAGAGUUGUACAGUAACUUCACGACCGGAAUUUCGCCAUUCUACAAGAACAUCGUCAUUGACGUGAAGAGGGGGGUCCGACAAGGUGAUACAAUUUCACCCAAAAUAUUCACAGCCAUUCAGAACGCAAUGCGAAAGUUGGAAUGGGACGACAUGGGAGUGAAGGUUGAUGGUCGGCAGCUACACCAUUUGCGCUUUGCUGAUGACAUCGUACUGGUAACACCUAGCAUCAGCCAAGCGGAACGAAUGCUGACCGAAUUCGACGAAACAUGUGGAUGCAUCGGUCUUCAGCUGAAUCUACAAAAGACGAUGUUCAUGCGGAACGGAUGGGUCUCGGAUGCCCCAUUCACGCUCAACGGAACGAACAUAUCCGAAUGCACCAGCUACGUUUAUCUGGGUCGGGAACUGAACAUGAUGAACGACCUGACCCCCGAGCUGGGCAGGAGGAGACGAGCGGCAUGGGGAGCGUACAAGAGCAUCGAGGAUGUAGUGAAGAAGACCAGGAACACCCGGCUCCGUGCUCACCUCUUCAACACCACCGUACUUCCUGCUUUGACCUAUGCUUCGGAAACCUGGGCAUUUCGCAAGCAGGAAGAAAACGCGGUGAGCGUCAUUGAACGCGCAAUUGAGAGAGUGAUGCUAGGAGUAUCCCGUUUCACGCAAGUGAGGGACGGGAUUCGAAGUUCUCUCCUACGUCAGCGAUCGAAGAUUAGAGACGCUGCCGCGUUUGCCAAGGAAAGUAAAAUAAGGUGGGCCGGACACGUGAUGCGCUUUAAUGACAACCGUUGGACCAGAGCCGUGAGCGACUGGGUUCCCCGCGAUAUUAAGCGCACUACAGGAAGACCGCCGACCCGAUGGUCAGACUUCUUCACGAAGUCCUUCAAAGAAAAAUAUGAUGCUCUUCGUGUCCCACGCGAAAGGAGGAACCACUGGGCUACUCUGGCACGCGAUCGGGACAAAUGGAAGAAUUACUGGCGCCCGCUCGACCAGUUCGAAGAUCAACGGGAGUCAAGGUGA